GAGAAGUGAGACUUUUGUCUCGCCUUUAUUCUCUCGUUUUCUUUUGGCUGCCUUAUAUUUUCCAGGGAAAGUUACGGUAAAGAGAGAAUCUAAUGGCUCCUCUUGGCGACAAAUCUGAUUCUGCGGAGGACGCCGCAGUUUCCCAGGUUGAAAAUAGCUCAAUUUCCAACAUCCUCAUCGUCAUCGCUAUGCAGACUGAAGCGCUUCCUGUGGUGAACAAGUUCCAGCUCACUGAACACCCCCACCAGGCGUUUCCUCCAGGGGUGCCUUGGGUCCGAUAUCAUGGUACUUACAAGGAUCUUCAGAUUAAUGUAGUUUGGCCAGGAAAAGAUUUAUCGUUGGGGGUUGACAGUGUUGGCACUAUUUCGGCAUCUCUUGUGACAUAUGCUUCUGUCCAAGCAUUAAAGCCAGACCUUAUCAUAAAUGCUGGAACAGCUGGUGGCUUUAAAGCCAAAGGAGCAGGCAUCGGUGAUGUUUUUCUUGCAUCUGAUGUAGCUUUCCAUGACAGAAGGAUUCCUAUUCCUGUUUUUGAUCUUUAUGGAGUUGGUUUACGGCAGGCCUGCUCAACACCCAAUCUUUUGAAGGAGCUUAAUCUAAAGAUUGGAAAGUUGUCUACUGGUGACUCCCUAGACAUGUGCCCGCACGAUGAAGCAUCAAUCACUGCAAAUGAUGCUACAAUCAAGGAUAUGGAAGGUGCAGCUGUUGCAUACGUAGCCGAUAUUUUUAAGGUCCCUACAAUAUUUGUUAAGGCUGUGACUGAUAUAGUGGAUGGGGAGAAGCCAACUGCAGAAGAAUUCUUGCAGAAUUUGGCCGCAGUAACAGCAGCCCUUGAUCAGUCAGUCACCCGAGUAAUUGAUUUUAUCAAUGGAAAGAGCCUCUGUGAACUUUGAUGUGUGCUGUCCUACUUACAAUUGUCUCGUGCACCCUCAGUUUCUACAAUAUGAGAAUUGAUUGUUAUGUGUUCUUUGAUAUUGUCAAAUAGCCAAAAGGAAAAAACAUGGUUCAUUGGCAUAUCUUUAAACAACUGACAACUGUAUGGUUUUAAUCUUCAAUCUGUAUAUUGACAUAUUUUUAGCCACCAAGACUCUGUAAUCUUUUUUGCCCCCUUGUGCUUGAGGCUGUAUGCCAUGAUAGCAAUAAUUUUGGGGUGCUUGAUAAAUUUUCUUGCAGAAAAUGAACAAGUCAAGGUGUUUCUCUUUUUAUAA